AUGAUGGACGCCGUGAAGAAGCUCUCUGGCUGGAGAAAGACAGCUCUUUACCUCAUCAUUCUCGCCACAAUCCUCACGAUCUUCCUAGUCAUAGCACUCAUCAUAUCCCUCCAUGUAUUCAACGGCGGCGGUGCCUCUAUCCUUGGAGAAACAGCCAUCCUGAGCGGUUCAUGCGAUAAAAUCUCCCGUGCAAAUCUCUGGAUCCAUCUCGCAAUCAACAUCAUCGGAACAGGCGUCCUCGGCUCCUCCAAUUUCUUCAUGCAAGUCCUCGUCGCUCCAACAAGACAAGAUGUCGAUCGCGCCCAUGCUUCAAAGCGCUGGGUAGAAAUUGGCGUACACUCUCUUCACAACUUUCGGUUUCUUUCGAAGCGUCGGGUUUUCCUUUGGGCGCUCUUCUCACUUACUAGCAUUCCUCUGCAUUUGGUCUUCAACGGUUCUGUUAUUGAGUCCAAGGCUACGAAUGGAUUUUUGGCCAUCAUGGUCUCGGAGGAUUUCCUGGACGGUGCAAGAUUUACCCUUCCGUCUGAGACGACAACGUCUAACUAUACAUAUCUUGUGAACGGCGAGAGUACACCCAACAGAACUAUCAGGAGUAUCAAGAGUUCUCUAGGCGAAGACUCCUGGGAACCCUUAGAAUUCCAAGACUGUAUGCGACGCUAUAACGAUCUUGAAGUUCUCAUGCUAAAUCACCGGCAUGUCGUUAUGGUCAUGAGCAAUCAGAAUAAUACGCCUAGCUCUCAGUGGACGCGUGAAAAUAUCGUCAAAGUAAAUAAUGGCUGGGAUGAUUUCAAUGCAACAAAUUCCCUCUGGUUCGCUGGCCAGUAUCUUCGGUUGCGAAACUCGCAACCUGGUUACUACAUGCAACUCGAUCCAGACACUGGAGUCAUCCACAUGAACGAAACAGAGUACAAGCCCGCGUUUCAAACGAUGAAGGUUGACUACUGCCUCUCCGAAAGAUUUGAUGCUCCAUGUCGACUGAGCAUUGUAAAUCCGCUUCUUCUUAUUGUCUGCAUCAUGUGUAUUACUAAGUGCUUGUUGUGCGCUUAUACCCUGAAGGUCAGGUCUUGGAGUACGGAAGACCCCCUCAUGACUGUUGGGGAUGCAAUCUCUUCUUUCAUUGCCAAGCCGGAUACUUGCACAAAGGGAAUGUGCACGCUCGAUGCUGAGGACCUGCAUAUGAAGCUCGAUCCAGACAGGGCACUGGGCACUUCGAUAGCGUGGAAGAAGAAACAGACAGUUGCUGGGAAUGCAGUAAACCCGGGUGUUUGGAUCCUCUCUUAUAUGCUUAACGGAAGCUUGUUGGUUCUUAGUGGACUCCUCCUUGCACCUGCACUGCAAACACAGUCUUUGUAG